CCGCCCGAGCGGCCGCCCCCGGAAGCGCUCGCGGGGCGCGGCGGAAGCGGGGCGGAGCUCGGCCUCUUUGGUGCUGGCGGCCGGCGAAGAUGACCAAGGGUACAUCAUCAUUCGGUAAGCGAAGAAAUAAGACGCACACCCUGUGUCGUCGAUGUGGGUCCAAGGCUUACCAUCUGCAAAAAUCGACCUGUGGGAAAUGUGGUUAUCCUGCUAAGCGUAAGAGAAAGUAUAACUGGAGUGCAAAGGCUAAAAGACGCAACACCACUGGUACUGGCCGCAUGAGGCACCUGAAGAAGGUCUACCGUCGAUUCAGGAAUGGAUUCCGUGAGGGAACCACACCGAAGCCCAAGAGAGCAGCUGUUGCAGCCUCCAGUUCAUCUUAAAGACUCAUCUAUUUGUUGAAAUAAAUGGUUCUUUACCCAGAAAA